CUAAGUAGGGAUUGAGGGAAAGGGAAGUUACCGGAUGAAUAUCUUAUUCUUAUGUUAUGUACUAGCUUGCUUCCAUUCCAUAUUUGCACAUUAGAGUGCAUUACAAUAAGUUUGAAAGCAACGUGUUGUGAGAAUCCUAUAAAAAAACAGAGAAAUAUUGCAAGGUCAAAAACCUCCAAAGAAUUGGUUUGGUAGUAGGUAUAAGACUAGUUGAAAGGGAUCCAUCGUUCCCAUUCUCCUCUUCCAUGGCACCUCACAAGCUCAAUUCCAAUUCCUCGGGAAAUUCGAGUGUGUCGGCGUGUUCGCAGGCCGACAAUGGUUUCAUAAGUUCUUUUUCUCUAUUUCCUGAGAAAGCCGUGCAAGAGCUUCUUCAAUCGCCGGUCCAAGGCUCUGAUGAUCAUCUUAUAGAGUUCUCUGAGUCUUUAAGAACCGUCGCGAAGGCUCUUAGGAAAGUUGCGGAAGGGAAAGCUUCUGCUCAAGCGGAGGCUGCUGAGUGGAAACGGAAAUAUGAGUUGGAGAGGACUCGGAAUCUGCAGUUUGAAGAUAGAGGGAAAUCAAGCCUCGAGCCUUGUGCUGAUCUUGAUGAUUUGAAAACAAAUAACAUCGCCAAACAACCCACAAUAUAUAAUAAUGCAGCUAAUGGGCUGUCUGAAGAAUGUUGUUCUAGUAAUGGUAUUUGUUCCCAUGAGGUGCUUAGGGAUGGGAAACCUGAUUCUGAUUCCAAGAUGGUCAAAAAGGCUUCUUUUAAACUUCAAUGGUGUUGCAAAGGUGAGAAAAGUCAUCAGCACAAACAUGACGUUGUGUCUUUUGAAAGAGGAAAUAUAACCACAGCAGAGCGCAGUAGUAAACAGAUCUCUUUGAAAUGGGAGUCAAGCCCACAGACGGUGCUCAUAUUGACCAAACCAAAUUCAAUUUCUGUUCAAAUUCUGUGUGCUGACAUGGUUAGAUGGUUGAGGCAGCAUAAGAAACUACAAAUAUAUGUGGAGCCACGUGUCAAGGUGGAUCUCUUGACGGAGUCAUCAUACUUUAACUUUAUAGAAACAUGGAGUGAUGAUAAGGAAAUUUUAAUGCUGCAUACUAAAGUUGACCUUGUGAUAACUCUUGGUGGAGAUGGCACUGUCCUAUGGACAGCAUCUAUGUUCAAAGGGCCGGUGCCUCCUAUUGUCCCCUUUUCUUUAGGGUCUCUUGGAUUUAUGACUCCUUUCUAUAGUGAAAAUUACAAAGAGUGCCUUGAAUCAAUUUUAAAGGGCCCCAUUAGUAUUACAUUACGACACCGUUUGCUAUGUCAUGUUGUACGAGAUGCAGCUAAAGAUGAAUUUGAAACUGAAGAACCUAUACUUGUUCUUAACGAGGUUACUAUUGAUCGAGGUAUAUCAUCUUACCUCACAAAUUUGGAAUGUUACUGUGACAACUCCUUUGUCACAUGUGUGCAAGGGGAUGGAUUAAUCUUAUCUACGACAUCUGGUAGUACUGCAUAUUCUUUGGCAGCUGGAGGAUCAAUGGUCCAUCCUCAGGUUCCAGGUAUUUUGUUUACCCCAAUUUGCCCACAUUCCCUAUCUUUUAGGCCAUUAAUAUUACCAGAGCAUGUGACUUUAAGGGUGCAAGUACCAUUCAAUAGCAGAAGCCCUGCAUGGGCAUCAUUUGACGGCAAAGACAGGAAGCAGUUAGCACCAGGAGAUGCAUUGGUGUGCAGCAUGGCACCCUGGCCUGUUCCUACAGCUUGUCUGGUCGAUUCAACGAACGACUUCUUGCGCAGUAUUCAUGAGGGUCUUCAUUGGAAUUUGAGAAAGACACAGUCAUCUGAUGGACCCCGCGAAUCAUGACAAUAUAAUUCUUCCUUUUUCAAUGGGAAAACUAUACUACUUGGAAAUUGACAUGUCAUUUGUCAAGAUAUACAAAACGGGGUGUUUUAAAAACUAUAGAAGCAACUAUAAUUUAGUGUACUUUUCUUCCUUGUAUGAAUUGUUACUUGUUGUAGUAAUGGUAACUUAUUACAGAGCUAAUGUCCCAUCGAUGAUGGUAAAAAUGUAGAGAUUGAACCGUGAUAUAUCACGUUACUGUUAAUGACGAGAGAAAUGUAACUUUAAAAUAUUGAAUCCUUAGAUUCUUACCUUUAUAAUAAACUUAUGUGUAUUUUCUCCA